GUGAGGAGACCUGCAAAGCAUGCUGUGUGGGGUCCAGAGGACAGAGUUCAAGAACCUAUGCAUUAACAUGUUCAAAACAGGUGUCGGCAAUCAUAAAUUAAGAGAAAAGAUCAGAAGCAGAGCAUUCUGUCCUUCCUGGAGAGGGUCAUGUUGGGAGAAGACAGGUGUUGGCAGGUGGAAGCGAGUCAUGCCUGAGCCAACCUUUUUGCAUCGACCCCUGUAUGCACACUUUCCCUUCCUAAGCUGUGUGCUAUUGGUUUUAAACGUGUGCCCUCUUCAGGGACAGCAGCUACAUGCUUGUAAAGAGUCAGAGUACCAUUACGAGUAUACAGAGUGUGACAGCAAGGGCACCAGAUGGCGUGUAGCAGUGCCACAUGUGCCAGGACUUUGUACGGGACUGCCAGACCCAAUCAAGGGCACAGAAUGUUCUUUCUCCUGCACCGCUGGGCAAUAUCUGGAUAUGGCAUUACAAAAAUGUACCCCCUGUGGAGAAGGAACAUACUCUCUGGGUACUGGUGUCCGUUUUGAUGAAUGGGCCGAACUUCCGCAUGGUUUCACUAGCAUUUCCAGCAACCAAUAUGGAGCAGAUUAUGGAGUUAAUGAAAACUGCAGUAUGUCGCAAUGGGAGGCCCGUGGUGAAUAUGUUGCAUCAAACACUGAUGAAUGCUCAGCGAUUUUAAUGUAUUCAAUCAACUUGAAGCAAGAGGGGAGACUCAGCUUUGAUUAUUUGCACCCAGACAGUAAUAUUGUUUUUGAGUUCUAUGUUCAUAACGAUCAAUGUCAACCAAGAGAAGAGGAAUCCAGGUGGAUGAGAACCACUGAAAAUGGCUGGAAUUUUCACCAAGUACAGCUCACUAAAGGAACUAAUGUACUGUCCUGGAGGACAGCAGCCUUUUCUAUGGGACAUAUAGCACCUAAACCCGUGUUAUUGAGAAAUAUACUAAUCACAGGUGCUGCGUAUACGUCAGAAUGUUUCCCGUGCAAGCCUGGCACAUUUGCACCCACCAGUGGGGCUUCAGCCUGUAAACUCUGCCCUCAUAACACAUUUUCAAACCGUGGGGCUUCCUCCUGCAUACCUUGUGAAUCUGAUAAGUAUUCAGUUCCUGGCUCUUCAACUUGUAUACCUCGCCCACCAUGUACAGAUAAGGAUUAUUUCUACACGCACACACUGUGUGAUGCCAAAGGAGAGACACAACUGAUGUACAAAUGGAUUGAACCUAAGAUAUGCAGUAACAGUGUGGAAGGAGCGGAGGAGCUGCCAGUGUCAGGUGGUAAAAUGAAGUGCCCACCCUGUAAUCCAGGCUUCUAUCAGACAAACUCCAGUACUUGUGAGCCAUGCCCCAAUGGUACCUUUUCAAAUGGCACUAUCUGCAGAGAGUGCCCAGUUGGCACAGAAGCGGUACUUGGAUACGAGUACAAGUGGUGGAAUACGCUGCCUGGGAACAUGCAUAGUAGUGUCAUGAGUGGGCUUACCUUUGAGUAUCAAACAGAAUCAGGGUGGGAAGUGGCUAGAGAUUAUAUUUAUACAUCUGCUGGAUCUUCAGAUAAUGAUUACAUGGUACUUACACUGAACAUACAUGCUUUCAGCCCUCCACGCAGAGUAACUGAAGACUUCGAAAGUAAUGAGGUGUCCCAAAUUACAUUUGUGUUUGAUAUGAAAUGUUCCACGGCCUGUCAGCUCUUCUUCAUGAAGGGUGUGAAUUCAGAAAUGACCUCACUAAUAGAAAGUUGGCAAGGUUCUAGGGAAAAGCAGUCAUACUCGUAUCGUCUGGAGAGCAAUAGCAAUACCACUUUUACUUGGGCAUUCCAAAGGACCAGCAAUCACACAAAUGAGGGACGCAAAUACACAGGGGAUGUGGCAAAAAUAUAUUCAAUAAAUGUUACCAAUGCAAAGGAUGGAGUAGCAUCUUGGUGCCAGCCAUGUGCCACAGACACAGAUUCACAGUGUGUCUCCUGCCCUCCUGGACACUACAUUGACAAGCACACAAGCAGAUGCAUUUCAUGCCCAGUAAAUACUUACCUGCAAUCGCACUUACCAUUUGGUGUGGAAACUUGUACUCCGUGUGGCCCAGGGACAAAGAGUAAUGAUGCUCAUUCCUUGUGCUUUAGUGAUUGCCAGCUGACAGUAUCGACAGGAGGAGGGAAACUGCAAUAUGACUUUUCUUCACUUUCAAAUGUAACAACAUGUGUAACACCUUCCAAAUUCACCAACAAAGGACUCAAAUAUUUUCAUCAAUUCAGCAUCAGCCUCUGUGGAAACCAGGGGAGAAAGUUGGCUACAUGUGUACAAAAUAUGUCAGAUGCCCGAAUGUCGGAUACUGAGGCAUGGCAUUCUGUGGCUUCCUAUGUUUGCCAGUCUAUUAUUGUACCAUCAGAUUCAUUUGUUUACAAGACUUUAAUGUCUGCUCAGCCGAUAAGCAUUGCUGACCAAUUGAUAGGUGUAACAACAGAAUCUACUCUGGAUAAAAUCUCCUCUCCUGAUAAUCUGUUUCCAGGAGAGAAUGCAGCCAUAAAAGACAUCAUAUUCUAUUACAGGUCCAAAGAUGUUACUCAGUCCUGUGCUUCUGGCCGGGCUACCACUAUCCGCUUGCGCUGUAAUCCACUGAAAGCUGGCCGAGGUACAGUAUCUGUGCCAAGAGAGUGCUCAGAUGGAACAUGUGAUGGCUGCACAUUUCACUUUCUGUGGGAGUCGGAACAAGCUUGCCCUGUUUGUACUGUCCAUGACUACCACAUCAUCACAAGUGUUUGCCAACAUGGCAUCCAGACAACAACUGCAUUGUGGCAUAUACCACGGCUGUGUGUUGGGGGUGUGGAUCUUCCAGCACCAGCUUUUACGAUCUGUAAGUCUGCAGAUUUCUGGCUGAAAGUGGGAGUGACUCUUGGUAUUAGUUCUGCACUGGUGCUCACAGCACUUACAAGCUACUAUUGGAAGAAGAACCGAAGCUUGGAGUACAAGUACUCACGGUUGAUGAUGAAUGCUCCAUCUAAAGAUGGUGAACUUCCAGCCGCUGAUAGCUGUGCCAUCAUGGAGGGAGAAGAUGCUGAGGAUGAGCUAAUAUUCAACAAUCGUCGGUCCAUAUUACGCAAGUUUAUGUCACUUUCUGGAAAGAGAACAUCGGAUGGAUUUGACUCUGUACCUCUGAAGUCAUCAGUAGGCGAACAUACCGAUAUGUAGCUAAAAGUACUGAUUGCUAUUAGUGUUGCUUAAUAACAUGAUCUCAAACUAGGACACACAUCUGUACAGAAAGCAGACAACAGGUAUAUGACUGUCUGAGAGCAGGCAGCUGUGUAACUGCCACCAUUUUUGCCAUUUAGUAGACAUCAGUUUACCAUAGGAUGUAACUGGGACUAUUACAGUCAACUAUUUCACAUUAAGGUUCAGUUACAAACUUAUGAUGCUGCAGGCUAUUCUUACAAGAAUGUGCUGGUUUAUAUGACUUACCAGGUUAGGAAGGGAACUACUAUAUUAGCUAAAAAAAAAAAAAUGCUUUUUUUUCUCAUGCGCAUUCUAGUCUUGGUUCACAGGUACACAGGGACAGCUUCCCAAAAAUCUAAAUUACAUGUGCUGUCCUUUGACAUACUUUGUUUAGUAAAUGAGUCCUAUUGUCUCAAGUUAACACCCUUUCAUGUAAUAAAACCACUAGUCAACAUUUAAUACUAAGUACUAUGUGUUCCGGCAUCAGAAAUAGUGCUGAAAGAUGUUCUGUUUUGUUAAUUAAUAUUUUUCUUUCUUAGUCAUCGUAAAUGCUGCCUUCUCCUGUAGUAGCAAUUUUUUUUAUUAUUUUUUUUUGCUGGAUGGAAAGAUGAACCAUUUAUAGGAAGAAAAAAAAAAGUUUUUUUUAAAUAAAUGAAAAAAUAAAAAGUUGUAAGUUUUUAGCUUGGAA